CUAUAUAAAUAACAACACACAACAACUCCCUGCAUAAAAAGAGAUCUAGUUCCCUCUCAGGCGUUCUAUCAAACACGAUGGCUGCAAUUCAGACGAGCUUCUUCAACCACCUCUGGGACGAAACGGUGGCCGGCCCUUUCCCCGACUCCGGCCAAGUCCGCCGCUUCUCCUCCUCAAACUCCGCCGCCGCCUCCCUCGACAUAAUUCCGGCCAUCGCCGGCGGUUGUGAUCCGUCUUCUCCGGCUUUGCGUCGGAAGAAGGUGGCGCAGCCGCGGAGCCCUACCGUCUAUGAUUGGGUGAUGAUCGGCUCUCUUGAUAGAUGAGAGGAAUGGAAGGAAUGGUUGGAUAAAUGGGCAAAGAGGACUUCAAAUAAUUCAGAACUGUGCCAGAAUGUUUAUGGCUAUGUUCUUUCCAUCUCAUAUGAUUGCACUUUUAAUUCGAUCUCAUCCUUGAAAUUAAUUGUAUGAAUUUGAAUUGUUUUUAAUAUGAUUUGUAUGGUAAAUAUUGAGAGCAUCAAUAAUGUUAUGUAACUUUAUUAUUGUUAUGGUAUAUUUGAUUGGAGCAUGUUCAAGAGGGGCUAUUUAUGUGAAAA